AUGACAUCUGGGGAGAGCAGCUCGUCGGAGGACGAUGAGCAGGAAGAGACACGGCCCGAGGGCGGCGGCGGCGGCAGUGGCGGCGGCGGCGCCAGCCUUUCGGGCAUCUCGUCCACCCUGCGCGCCGUCGUCCGCAUCAAACAAAAGUACCAGGCCUUGAAAAAACGGAGGCAAGAGAUGGCACUUCUAGCGGGCGAGGGGUUCCCGGGGGCCCCGGUCCGCACCAGCCCAAAGAUCUUCACCUUCGACACCGCCACCGCUCACGCCGUGUCGUCGCCCCUGAGGAAGAAGCGCAAGAAGAAGAGGAGGGUGCUCUUCCCUAACAGGAGGAAGAGAAAAGCGGCUGGGCCCACCGAGCCGAGUCACGCCCGCUUUUGUCUCUAUCUGCUCAGCGCCAUACUCUUUCUUCAGGUGUACAACGCCAUCGAGAACCUGGAUGACCACGUGAUCCGCUACGAUCUGGAAGGUCUGGAGAAGACUCUGGGCAGGGAGGUGUUUGGCCAGCAAGGGGCGGUGGAGGCACUGCUCUGGCACUUGAGGGACUUCCUCUCCACCUACGUGCACAACAGGCCGCUGGCGCUGUCGUUGCACGGGCCCGUCGGUGUGGGCAAAAGCCACCUUGGCCGCCUGCUGACCGGACACUUUCGCUCGGUGCUGGGAGAGCCCCUGGUGCUGCAGUACUUCGCGUUGCACCACUGCCCCCCGGAAGAAGCCGACGGCGCCGGCUGCGCCCGCCGACUCACAGCUUCCAUCGCCGAGUUGGUGGAGCUGGGCGAUCGAGAGGAGAAGAUCCCGCUGUUCGUGCUGGACGAGGCCGAGCACAUGCGCAGGGAGGUCCUGGACGCCCUGCUGGAGCUGGUGGACUCUCCCCCAGCCAACCACUACCUAAACGCCGUCUACGUGCUCCUGGGCGACCUGGGCCACGAGCUCAUCGCCGAGCACCUGCUGCGUAACGCCUCGGCGGGGACGCCGGCCGACGCGGCGCCCGCGCUCAGACGCCACCUGGAAAGCCGCCACCCGCUCUGGGCCCGGCUCCACCUGCUGCCUCUAGGACUCCUCGAGAAAAGGCACGUGGCCCGCUGUUUUACGGACGAGAUGAGCCAGGAGGGCUUCUAUCCGGACCACGCCCACGUGGAGCGCCUGGCCGCCGAGAUCCGCUAUUAUCCACCCGUGGGGGCGAAGGAGUAUUCUGUCACCGGCUGUAAGCAGGUGGUGGCCAAGGUCAAUUUGCUGUGA